CCAGGGCUUCAGUAUAAAUCAAAUUUCUUAACUUAUAAAAACAGAGAUCUCUUGCUCUGAUAACUCAAAUAACUGAAUGGAUUUUCUUCAGACUCUCAAGUUAGAAAAGAGAAACUUCUACUAUGGAGUAAUAAUGAGAUUUCAAUCCAGAAUAACAGUGAAAAAAGGACUUACAGUUAAAGUGCCUUCCCAACCAUUAUUAUAAAAUUGCUAAGAAUGUAAUAAGACUGAUUUAUUUUUAGCAGUCCCCUACAGUUCUUCUGAAUCUAUAAAAUUCCUUUCUAGCAUUGGCAACACUUUAUUAUCCUUUAUGCCUUCUCCUACCAGCUCUAGUAUCUUUCAGGCAGGAGACGGGCAUUAGAAGCAUGGUGUCCUGCUAGAACCUGCAUGUUCAAGAAGGCCUCAUUUUUUCUUCUUGUCACUACUUUGCACCCCCGGUAGGUAAUUUGUACAGCAGUUCAACCGAGGAGCCACUUUUCUAUUAUAUGUGCUGGAGGCAAAAUGCUGCUUUGCAAAACUGUGAGAAUACGAAGUCUGAUGAAAAGAAUAGGGAAAACGUACUGCAAUAAGAAUCCUGAUUGAAAAAUCCUGCUGGACAGAGGGAGACUGACUCAGGUGGACAAAAUGAGAGCCUAUUCUGGACAAACGGAGUGAGUCAAAAGUCUUAAAUGCUGCAUGGCAUUUAAAAGGCAGCUUUUGUUGACAAAACAGCGACUGCGUACGCACUGCGCUGCAACUCUUGGCAGCAGAAAUGUCCUGCUUUGGUGACAAAAUAAAAUCAUCCCGACAAAAGACAUAAGGCUUUUGGAGCAAAAUUUUUGUCGACAAAGUGCCAGUGUAGACACCACGCUUGAUUUAAUCACUUAAAUUGGCCUCAGAAAGGUGUCCCACAAUGCCCACCCUGACUGCUCUGGUCUGCAGUUUGAACUCCACUGUCCUGCAGCUGGGUAAACAACCCCUCCCCCUUAGAAGCCCCAGGAAUUUUUGAAAUUCCAUUUCCUGUUGGCUCGGCAUGGAGACGUUUCAUUGCAUCUUCUCAGGUGACCAUGGCAGGUUAUUGCAGCAAACAUUCUCCCGCUUGGACCACUAUGGAGCUGCUCAGUAUAUGGGAGAGGAGGCUGUGCAGACACAGCUGCACUUGAGCCGUAGGAAUUUUGAUACCUAUGGGCAGAUUUCUCAAGGCUUGUGUGAAAAGGGCUAUGAUCGGGACAUGCUGCAGUGCAGAGCAAAGAUAAAGGAUCUGAGGCAGGUGUACCAUAAGGCGAGGGAGGCAAACCAUCGCUUCGGUGCUGCACCUAAGACCUGCUGGUUCUACAAGGAGCUGGACGGUAUCCUCGGUGGUGACCCCACCACCAAGAGCCCCGUGGAUACUUUGGGCCCGGAGGCGGUAGAAAGAGCACCUAACCCGGAGGAAAAAGUCACUGAUGAAGAGGUGGAGUUAGACGAUGAUGUGGAGCUCCUGGUGGGGUUGCCCAGUGGGGCGGGCAGCCUUGCUCUCUGGUGAGCAAGAAGCAGAAGAGGAGACGCCUGAUGUGGCCUUGAGGAACACCCCAUGCACACCGUCCAAACAUCUCUGCCAGAUAAGAAAGUGCCCAAGAUGGAGCAAAGAAGACAUGUUCCAGGAGGCUCGCAUGUCCUGGGACAGAGACUCCAGUGAAAUGCGCUACAAGAGGCUUCAACAUUUGCUUGAAAAAAGCAACAUAUAUUCAAAAUUCUUGCUGACCAAAAUGGAACAGCAGCAACUGGAGGAGCAGAAAAGGAAAGAGAAAUUAGAAAAAAAGAAAGAAAUGUUAUUAAAAGCGGCAACGAGUCAGAAUCUAACUGAUGAAAAAGAGGAGAAAUCUGCUGUGAAGAAAAAAAGAGGAAGAGAAGAUGAAACCUAUUACAUUUCAGAAGUCAUGUCCAAAGAGGAAAUCUUGUCAGUGGCCAAAAAAAGCAAAGUAGAAAAUCAGGAUGAAAGCUCUUCUAACAAACUGUGUGCAGAAGACCUACAGAAAAAUGGAGAUUCUAAUAGUGUCAUUAAAGAUAGGUUGUCGCAAGCUGUACGACAUAAUGCCAAGCACUUCCUUGAUCCAGUACGGAAAUUUAACGGGCAGCCAAUACCCUUUCAACAGCCAAAGCUUUUUUCAGGAGGUGUUAUGAGGUGGUACCAAGUUGAAGGCAUGGAAUGGCUCAGGAUGCUUUGGGAAAAUGGCAUUAAUGGCAUUUUGGCUGAUGAAAUGGGACUGGGAAAGACAAUCCAAUGUAUUGCUACAAUAGCACUGAUGGUAGAGAGAGGAGUCCCUGGACCAUUCUUAGUAUGUGGUCCCUUGUCUACUCUUCCUAACUGGAUGUCCGAGUUCAAGAGAUUCACUCCAAAGAUUCCCAUAAUGCUGUAUCAUGGAGCCCAGCAGGAACGUCGUAAAUUGGUUCAAAAAAUUCACAGGCGAGAAGGUUCACUGCAAAUUCAUCCUGUGGUCAUUACCUCGUUUGAAAUAGCCAUGAGGGACAGAAAUGCCUUGCAGCAUUGCUUCUGGAAGUAUCUGAUAGUGGAUGAAGGACAUAGGAUUAAGAACAUGAACUGUCGUCUUAUCAGGGAAUUAAAACGGUUUAAUGCUGACAAUAAACUUCUGUUAACUGGUACUCCCUUACAAAACAACUUGGCUGAACUCUGGUCACUACUUAACUUCCUGCUGCCAGAUGUAUUUGAUGACUUGAAAAGCUUUGAGUCCUGGUUUGACAUUACAAGCAUUACAGAAAUUGCUGAAGAUAUUGUUGCUAAAGAAAGGGAGCAGAACAUCUUACACAUGUUGCACCAGAUUUUGACGCCUUUCUUAUUGAGAAGACUGAAAUCUGAUGUAGCUCUUGAAGUUCCUCCUAAACGAGAAGUUGUGGUGUAUGCACCACUGGCAAAGAAACAAGAAACCUUCUAUACUGCUAUUGUAAAUCGGACCAUUAAAAAGCUGCUCGGAAACAAUGAGGAAGAGGUAGUCGAGUUGAGUCCUACAGGACGACCAAAGCGUCGAAGUCGAAAAGCGGUUGAUUACCGUGAACUAGAUGGUGAUACACCUGAUGAGCUGGAAAAACUGAUCAGCAAAAUGCAAGAGGAAGUAGAAAAAGAGAGGCCAGUGAUAGAAAUGACCAUUCCUACGGAUUCAGAAAUCAACCUUAAACUGCAGAAUAUUAUGAUGUUACUGAGGAAAUGUUGUAACCAUCCAUAUCUCAUUGAAUAUCCACUGGACACUGCCACACAGCAAUUUAAGGUUGAUGAAGAUCUAGUGAAGAAUUCAGGCAAAUUCCUACUUUUGGACCGGAUGCUGCCAGAACUGAAAAAGAGAGGUCACAAGGUGUUGCUGUUCUCACAAAUGACACUGAUGUUGGACAUUUUGAUGGAUUAUUGCUAUCUGCGGAAUUACAAAUUUAGUCGUUUGGAUGGAUCCAUGUCCUAUACAGAGAGAGAAGAAAAUAUGCAUAAAUUUAAUACAGAUCCUGAAGUUUUCAUAUUUUUAGUGAGUACACGGGCUGGAGGCCUGGGCAUUAAUUUGACUGCAGCAGACACUGUCAUCAUCUAUGAUAGUGACUGGAACCCCCAGUCUGAUCUUCAGGCCCAAGACAGGUGUCACAGAAUUGGUCAGACAAAGCCAGUUGUUGUUUAUCGCCUCGUGACAGCAAAUACUGUUGACCAGAAGAUUGUGGAGAGAGCUGCUGCCAAAAGGAAGCUAGAGAAGUUGAUUAUUCAUAAAAAUCAGUUUAAAGGUGGUAAAUCUGGGUUAAUCCAAACAAAGGGCUGCUUGGAUCCUAAGGAAUUAAUGGAAUUACUGAAAUCCAGGGACUACGAAAGAGAGGUUAAAGGAUCCAGAGAGAAAGUAAUCAGUGACAAAGAUCUAGAGUUACUGCUGGAUAGAAGUGAUCUUAUUGACCAAAUGAAAAAGUCUGAAUCAGCUGAAAAAGAAAAAGUGGGAGUGUUCAAGGUCCUAGAAGAUUCUGAAGACUCUAGUGCAGAAUGUGUAUUUUGAAGCAUGACUGGCUUCUUAAAGUACAGCCCAAACUUCUUGGGACUAACAGCAGAGCUUGUAAGGCCCUCAUUUAUAUAUAGUGACUCUUGAUUAUGCUGAUUCUUCCCCUCCCCCCCCCCCCCCCCCCC